AUUGUCAGAACGGGCCGGCGGGAACUCUCGCGAUGUUUCGGAUGGAAGGACGUCGCGCGAGCAUAGUGUAGUGAAGGGAAAGGGGGCGGAGCCUGCCGCCGCUUGUGGCUCCUGCCUGUUUGUGGAGAGGGCAAGAAAGAAGGGGUCGUUUCGUUUGUGGCCCGGCGCGCCCCCCUUCCCCCGCCCUUUCUGCCUUGACCGCGCGUUCGUGCCAGCCAGGCGCGCGCCCGCCCUCCCGUCCGCGGGUUUCCAUGGUGAAGGUGGCGGAGCGCGCGCGGGCGGCCUGCGGAAUGGGCCGCGGCUGAUGCCUCCUCCUUCUAAUUCUACUUCUUCGGCGACGGCAAAAGCGACCCUCCUCUUCCUCCUGGUGCCAUGUCCCGGGGUUGCUGCCCCCACCUGCUGUGGGAUGUGAGGCAACGGAGUUUGGGGCUGGAGGAGCCCGGCCUGCUGAGGAGACGGUACCUAGGUAGAAGAGAAUUUAUCCAAAGAUUAAAACUUGAAGCAACAUUGAAUGUGCAUGAUGGCUGUGUGAAUACAAUUUGCUGGAAUGAUACAGGAGAAUAUAUUUUAUCAGGGUCUGAUGAUACGAAUCUUGCAAUCACUAAUCCAUACAGUAGAAAGGUUUUAACAACCAUUCGCUCAGGACACAGAGCAAAUAUUUUUAGUGCAAAAUUCUUACCAUGCACCAAUGAUAAGCAGAUUGUGUCUUGUUCUGGAGAUGGUGUCAUUUUUUAUACUAAUGUUGAACAAGAUGCUGAAACCAACAGACAGUGCCAAUUUACAUGCCACUAUGGAACUACUUAUGAGAUCAUGACAGUUCCAAAUGACCCCUAUACCUUUUUGUCUUGUGGAGAAGAUGGCACUGUGCGAUGGUUUGAUACUAGAAUCAAGACAAGUUGCACAAAAGAAGACUGUAAAGAUGACAUUUUAAUAAACUGCCGGAGGGCUGCCACUUCUGUAGCUAUAUGCCCCCCAAUACCAUAUUACCUUGCAGUAGGUUGCUCUGAUAGUUCAGUGAGAAUAUAUGAUCGACGAAUGCUUGGUACAAGAGCAACAGGUAAUUAUGCUGGCCGGGGUACUACAGGAUUGGUGGCACGUUUUGUUCCUCCUCACCUUAACAACAAAUCGUGCAGGGUAACGUCUCUCUGCUACAGUGAAGAUGGACAAGAAAUUCUUGUCAGCUAUUCUUCAGACUACAUAUACUUGUUUGAUCCCAAGGAUGACACAGCUAGAGAACUUAAAGUUCCUUCUUCAGAUGAGCGAAGAGAAGAAUUACGGCAGCCACCUGUCAAACGUUUGCGACUAAGAGGAGACUGGUCAGAUACUGGACCAAGAGCAAGACCUGAAAGUGAGAGAGAGAGAGAUGGUGAACAGAGCCCUAAUGUUUCAUUAAUGCAAAGGAUGUCUGACAUGUUGUCAAGAUGGUUUGAAGAAGCAAGUGAAGUUGCACAGAGCAACAGAGGAAGAGGACGGUCUCGUUCUAGAGGUGGAACUAGUAGAUCGGAUGUCGCUGCUGCUUCUGGUACUGUCUUGGAAAGUGCUGAAGCAGUUGCCCAGAUGGAAGUAGAUGGUCCUGAACAGCUGCAGUCAUCGUCAUCUACAGUGUCAGCUCAAGCUCCCUCAACAUCUUCCUCAACAGAAAGUCCUCCUUCUACUUCCUUAUUGUCAUCUCCUGAUAACGAACAGAGACCUUCCUUGGAGACCCCUGCACCACCUACACUCUCACAGUCUGAAUUAAUGGCGCCCGAGUUAGCUAUACUCCGUAGGGGUCUGCAGCGCCUGAGGCUUAAGAAGGCUGAACAGCAGAGACAGCGAGAGCUAGCUGAGGGUUCAGCACAACAGUCCUGCAGCUCUGAUCAGCCUUCCCCUAAGGGCUCCUCACAGGACCCUCAACCUACAGAUGAUGAAAAGGCAAGUCCACGGGCAGGAACAGGUGAACCCGUUUUAAGUUUACAUUACAGUACGGAAGGGACAACUACAAGCACAAUAAAGUUGGACUUCACUGAUGAAUGGAGCAGCACAGCUUCAAGUUCCAGAGGGAGUGGAAAUUACAGUAAAACCGAAGGUCCAGAAGAAUCCCUAAGAACCCAGAGUUCAGAAGCACCCACACCAGAGAGUGAAGAAUCAAAAAUCCCUGAGGAAUCCCAAGAAGAAAAUUAUGAAGAAUUGGCAUCUGCACAUGAAAACGUAACACCGCAAUCUGUUGUUGAUACGUCUGACCAACCUGAAAGUAAUAUCGAAGAAGGAAAUUAUCCUCAUCUUGACUUAACCUGCCAGGUUCCAGGGGAAGGUUUGUCAAACAAAGAUAUGGAAGAGCAAGAAACUUUGAGUCAACAAAGUGCUGAGUCUACUGCCAACCCAAAUAAUACAAAUAAUGAACUUCAGUCCCAGCCUGAUUCCUCAGGGCUUGCUUCUCAUGAAGAAUCAUCGACAAGAAGUUCUGCCUUUCAAGAAACUGAUGAUAGUGAUGAUGAUCCUGUCCUUAUACCUGGGGCACGGUUUCGUGGAGGAGUAGGACAUAGGAAGGAGGGGGCUAAUUUAAUAUCACUGGGGAGGGAGUUCCAUAGCCAAGGGGCCACCACUGAGAAGGCCCUGUCUCUUGUUCCCACCAGUCGUGCCUGCGAGGGGGGCAGGACUGAAAGCAGGGCUCCCCCGGACAAUCUUAAUCUCCGAGAUGGUUCACAGGGAGAGAUAUGUUCAGACAGACGAUCUGCUGUUGCUCGCAUCCAGGAACUUUUCAGGCGAAGAAAAGAGAGAAAAGAGAUGGAGGAAUUGGAAACACUGAAUAUUAGACGCCCUUUAAUAAAAAUGGUUUAUAAAGGUCAUCGGAACUCCAGGACAAUGAUAAAAGAAGCCAAUUUCUGGGGUUCCAAUUUUGUUAUGAGUGGCUCCGAUUGUGGACAUAUUUUCAUCUGGGAUCGGCACACUGCUGAACAUCUAAUGCUGCUGGAAGCAGAUAAUCAUGUAGUGAAUUGUCUGCAGCCACAUCCAUUUGACCCAAUUCUAGCUUCAUCAGGUAUUGAUUAUGAUAUAAAAAUUUGGUCACCACUAGAAGAGUCCAAGAUUUUUAAUCGGAAACUUGCUGAUGAGGUUAUAACUCGAAAUGAAUUAAUGUUGGAAGAAACCAGAAACACAAUAACUGUUCCAGCUUCUUUUAUGUUAAGGAUGUUGGCCUCUUUGAACCAUAUAAGGGCAGACCGGCUGGAAGGCGACCGUUCUGAAGGGUCUGGCCAAGAGAAUGAGAAUGAAGAUGAAGAGUGAUUGGCUCUUCCAUGGAAUUCACCUAGGCGUCAUGAAAUUUGUAUACGUCAUGAAUUAUAUUUUUCCUUACAAAGCUUUAGUGCAAUUUUAAGGUUUUGCUUUUGGGGUAACCUAACAUUUCGAUUUCGAAUGAAUGUGUGCAUGACUUGCAAGGGUGCAAGUAAAAUAAGCAAAACGUUUUUAAAAUGUUUUGUCAUGGAUGAGGGGUGCUAGAAAACGCAAAGUGCAAUAUUUUCCCUUAACUUGCAAAAAUGGGAGGUUGGAUCGAUGUUUAAUAUAACUUACCUUAUAGAGAAAACAUUGAUUCAAAUAAAUUUCUAUACCUGCUAUUUGCAUGUUUGUUGCUUUCUAUUAAAAGAUGUGGUUGUUUUA